AUGGCCGAGCAGCACAACGUGUACAUACAGAGUAGUUCUGAGGAUGACACACCCUGUCCUCGUCCUUCUUCUACCCUGAUCCAGCCUCCUACACCACGACCACCAUCAUGGCCGUGGUCGUCUUCAUCGCCAUCGUCCCGGCCCCAAGAUUCUCAUCCUUUGUAUCCUUGGGCCAUAUUGUAUCCCUGCGUUGUGCGCAGCUACGACUACAUGUUGUCGAAUGGGAUAUUGGUGAUCAAGGGCCACGUACAGUGCAAGAUUUGUAGCCAAGACUACGAGAUGCAGUUGGAUUUGAUGGCGGAGUUGGCUAAGUUGAGGAGCUUCAUCGAAAGGAACAAGGACAAUAUGAGAGAAAGGGCUCCGCCCUAUUGGCUCAAGCCUAUUCUUCCCACUUGCCCAGUGUGUGGCCGUCAGAACUCGGUCAAGCCAGUCAUUGAUCCUGAAAACGAUGACAAUACCAACUGGCUCUUCUUGCUGUUGGGUCAACUCUUGGGGUGCUGCACUCUUGAACAGCUCAAGUUCUUUUGCAAUUUACAUGGGAUUCAUCGAAGUGGGGCUAAGGAUCGACUCUUAUUUUCUGUUUACUUGAAUCUCUGCAAGCAACUUGACCCCUCUGCGGCUUUUGAUCUUUGA